AUGGCUCCCCGCGUCUGGCUCAUCACUGGCGCCUCGUCAGGCUUCGGUCUGGAGCUCGCGCUCAUCGCCGCUGCCCGCGGUGACAAGGUCGUUGCCGCCACACGCUCGCCGCAGAAGCUGGAGCAUCUCAAGUCCAAGGGCAUCACCCCGGCGCGCUUGGACCACAACGAGCCGCUGCCUAAGGUGCAGGCUGCCAUCGACGCCAUCAUCGCCAUCCACGGUACCGUCGACGUCGUCGUGAACAACGCCGCCUACGUGCAGACGGGCAUGCUGGAGGAAGUGCCCGCUGCCGAGGCCGAGCGCCAGUUCCAGGCCAACGUCCUGGGCCCGCUCAACGUCUACCGCGCCGUGCUGCCGCACCUGCGCAGCAAGCGGUCCGGCACCCUCGUCACCAUCGGCUCCAUGGCUGCCUGGUACCCCAUGCCCGGCUGCAACCUGUACAACGCCUCCAAGGCCGCCCUGCGCUGGCUCGGCAUCGGCCUGGCCGGCGAGGUCGAGCACCUGGGCAUCCGCCACACUCUGGUCGAACCGGGCUUCUUCCGCACCGAGCUGCUCAACCCCCAGGCCAACAUUGCCAUGACUACUCCCGAACAGCGCCUGCCCGACUACGCAGACCUCAACAAGUCCAACGACGCCAACUUCGCCGCCUUCCACGGCGCCCAGCUGGGCGACCCCAAGAAGGGCGCCGAGGUCAUCUACGACGUCGUCACUUCUUCUGGCGUUGCCGCCGGCCGCCCGCUGCCGCCUUUCCUGCCGCUGGGCAGCGACGCCAGCACCGAGAUUGCCAAAUCCGCACAGGCUACGCUUGACGCCAUCAACGAGUGGCGCUCCAUCAGUGCCCUGAGCGACCACAAGUAG